AUGAGCACUAACUCCUUUGAAAGAAUCAAAAAGGCAUAUCGAAAGAAAGCCCUGGUGUUACAUCCAGAUCGAAACUAUGGAAAUGUUGACGAGGCCACCAAGCUCUUCGCAGAGAUUCAGUCUGCAUAUGAAGUCCUAGCUGAUCCCCAAGAACGAGCAUGGUAUGACUCUCACAGUGAAGCUUUCUUGGGGACUGACGGGGGUGAUGGGGAUCAACACUCGUAUAACGUUCGAAUCACAACCGCCGAAGACGUGCUCAAACUAUUUUCAAAGUUCAGCCCUCGGAUGGAAUUCUCUGAUUCCUCCACGGGAUUCUUCGGUGGUUUGCGGGAGCAAUUCGAGCAACUUGCGCUGGAGGAAAGACUGGCAUGCCAGUGGGAACACCAGGACCCGCUCGAAUAUCCAUCUUUCGGGUCCUGCGAUGGGGAUUUUGAAACCGUCGUGCGGCCAUUUUACGCGGCAUGGUCUGGAUUCUCUACUCAGAAAUCUUUCGCAUGGAAAGAUGUUCAUCGAUAUUCAGAGGCGCCGGAUCGUCGAGUGCGACGAAUGAUGGAAAAAGAGAAUAAACGCCUUCGGGAUGAGGCCAUUCGCGAGUUUAAUGACGCGGUCAGAUCUCUGGUGGCUUUCGUCAAGAAACGUGACCCCCGAUAUAAAUCGAAUGCUCAAAGUGAAGCCCAGCGUCAGGAAACCCUCCGUCAAUCGGUGGCUGCGCAAGCGGCUAGAUCACGAGCGCACAACCAAGCCCAAAUGCGAGACCAUGUCUUGCCGGAUUGGGCCCAGUCCGAGCAGCCAGUGGAGGAUGAGGAAAGUGAGGAGAGCGAAGUUGAGAGUUUUGAGUGCGUGGCCUGCCACAAGUUCUUCAAAAGUCAAAAACAAUCCGAGGCCCACGAACGCAGUAAGAAGCAUUUGAAAGCCGUCAAACAACUCUGCUGGGAGAUGCGAAUGGAGAACGAGGCCUUGGAUUUGGAAUCCACGGGUGACACGAAUUUUCCUGUUGAUGCACCUCGAUCUGAGUUGGGAGUUGACGAAAACGAAGUCGAGAUGCCUCCAUCCGAGGCUGAUGAGUCACAGAACUCCCACGUUGAUGCUAACUCUGAUGGCAUAGAAAUUAUGCAGACUCAGGAGGAAACCUCUGUGGAACAACCAUUGCCCACGCCUGCUUCCCCUGACGAUGACCAUCUCGUUGCCUCGGAGGAUGAUUACGCCUCCAGGGAAUAUGUGGAGACAAGGCUGCGCACGGAGUUCGAUUCUUUGUCUACCACGGCUGCUGGAGAAGAUUCAUCCCCUUCAGGCCUGCACGAACCAUCAUCAGCCCCGAAGCUGGGCAAGGCCAAGCAGAAGAAGGCCAAAAAGGCCGCCAAGGAGGCGAAUCAAUCCAGUGGCUUUGCGUGUGCAAAUUGCCAGGAAUCCUUUCCCUCGAAGAAUAAGCUAUUCGAUCACAUUCAAGAACUAGACCAUGCACAACCAGUCAAGAAAUCAGUCAAGAAGGGAAAGAAACACUAG